UGACCAUCUCGGCCCUGCCCCUCUGAACGGUUCAGCCACCUGAUGGGCACACGUUUGGGAGCGACCUCAGAGAAGCAGCAGGCUGCUGGGGGUGCUGCUGGGGGUCCUGUUGGACAGCAAGAAUAUAGGGCCCUGCAAGGCCAGUGUCGUUCAGUCCCAACUUUGGGGGGGUGCCUUUUCUGCCCUUGGGGUUGGAAGAGUGCGCACUAGCCACCUACCAGGGCCACCCCACGCUCACACCCUCCGGAUCUUGAAGCGCUUUGCAGGCGGUAUGGCUUUACCGUGAGACCACCGAUCCCAGGGAGGGGGUGUCAGAGGGCCUCAGAGGCAUCUCCAGAUUCUGCCCUGCGCUCAAACUCCUCCCCCACCCAUCUCUCUGCUUACCCUGGGUCCUUAGAGCAGGUGUGGACAGGGAACUACCAGCCCCUAGCCCAGUGCCCAAGGAAGGGACCAUCCCAGGGGAGAGAGAGGUAGGCGGCGAGUUUCAGCUCCACCCAGGGUGAGGAACACCGCCCAUCCCAGGCCCUGGGCUGUCGGGAGGGGCAGACGUUUCUGUGUCCACAACACCGCUCCCAGAAUUCUGCACUGCAGCAAGGUGAUGGGCACCCAUCAGCCCCAGCCCCUCGCCCCAGCAGCCCUUCCCCUGGUGCCCCCAAUCACCCCCCACCAGAGCCUCUGAAGGAAAAGCAGGAGGCCAAGCAGGUUUCUGCUCCCUGAGAGGCUAUUUCUCACUCACUGGUGGCUGCCCAGGUAGGUUCCUGGUCCCAGGAGCCCUAGCACCGUGCACUCAGUCCUCAGCUGGCUCUCUGAAGGUCCUGUGCCUGUCCCAGCUCCACCCCCCCCCCCGUGUCCCCCCCCCACCAGCCUGCCCGCCCGCCCCGCGGGAGCACCGGCUGAGAGCAGACACUCAACCUGCCUAACCUGUCUGACGUCAUCAUCUCUCCACCCACCUGGGCCCCAGGUCUCCACCACCUGCUCUUCCUGUUCUCAGCUUCCGUCCUCUUGGCUUCCUUGCAGCACCCCCACCAGCUAGAGCUGAGCCUCCCAGGCCCUGCCUAACCUCAAGUGGGCCCUCAAGCCCUCUGCCUGCAGAAGUUUCUUUACCCCCAAUGAGAGGAGCGGCGGAUCCAGGUCUGGAGAGCUGAGAGUAGAGGGUACUGAGCCAACGCGUACACCUGUCACCUCCGUCCCUGAAGCCACUCGUACCCUCCAUGCGGAGCCAGGAUGGGGAACAGAGCCGAGGAAGAUUAUAACUUUGUCUUCAAGGUGGUGCUGAUCGGCGAGUCAGGCGUGGGGAAGACCAAUCUGCUGUCCCGGUUCACGCGGAACGAGUUCAGCCACGACAGCCGCACCACCAUCGGGGUUGAGUUCUCCACCCGCACGGUCAUGCUGGGCACGGCCGCUGUCAAGGCUCAGAUCUGGGACACGGCUGGCCUGGAGCGGUACCGAGCCAUCACCUCCGCGUACUAUCGUGGUGCGGUGGGGGCCCUGCUGGUGUUUGACCUAACUAAGCACCAGACCUAUGCCGUGGUGGAGCGCUGGCUGAAGGAGCUCUAUGACCACGCCGAGGCCACGAUCGUGGUCAUGCUCGUGGGCAACAAGAGUGACCUCCAGCAGGCCCGGGAGGUACCCACUGAAGAGGCCCGAAUGUUUGCCGAAAACAAUGGGCUGCUAUUCCUGGAGACCUCAGCCCUGGAUUCCACCAAUGUCGAGCUGGCCUUCGAGACUGUCCUCAAAGAGAUCUUCAGCAAAGUGUCCAAGCAGAGGCAGAACAGUAGCCGGACCAACGCCAUCACUCUGGGCAGUGCCCAGGCUGGGCAGGAGCCGGGCCCUGGCAAGAAGAGGGCCUGUUGCAUCAGCCUCUGACCCUGGCUAGCGCCCGCCCUGCCCCCACUGGCUUUUUGGUGCCCCACUCCCACCCCAGCUCCAGGACCUCUGCCUGUCCUGUGGUUCCAGAUGUCAGAGUGGUCCCAUGGAGCUCCAAGAUCUCCCCGAUCCCCCCGCCCAUUUCUCUAUUACCUGUCGUCCCCCCACCCCAGCCACACAGAUUUGGCCUUCAAAUAAAGCUGUGUUUUGUACCAAUGGCAGGCCAGCCUGCUGCCUGCCAUCCGUGCCUCCCCUUCACCUCUGGCCCCUCUGAGCUGGUGUUCCCCUCCCCGCCCCCCAUCCUCCCCACCAUACCCACUGUCCCCCAGGGCCAGCUGCCUCUGGAGUCCUGUGGUCUGGGGACAGUGCCAAGGGGGAGGGAGGGGCCCAGGCUUCCCUCUGCCAACCCCCAGGGCAGGUGGGGGAGGGAGGACAGCGUGGCCAAGAGGGGGUAUCUGGAAGGAGAGACAAAGGAAAUCACCCUCAGGCACCAUCUGGUGCCUAGGGCCCUGGUGCCAAGAACUGAGGUCACUCCAAUGCCAGGGGUGAGGGGAGGAGGCAGGGGGAGGUGUCGGAGAGAAGGGGGAGUCAGGGCCAGCCCUGUCUGUGUGUGCCUGGGAGGUGGGAGGUCGAAGCCUCCUACCCAGUUUGUGGCCUGAACCCCAGGGGGUGUGGGGUGUAGGGACGGACUGAAUCUGGUGGGACGAGUGCGGAAGGUCUCCCAGCACACAGCCCUGGAGCUGGCUGGCCAGGGCAGGGUCUCCCACACCGGGCCUGGGCCUGCCGGGCCCCUGCUCUGAGGGACAGGCUGCACCCACACCCCCACCCCAGGAAGACUAGGUGGUAAAUGGGGAGGAAAGGAGGGGACUGAAGGCCUGGAGACUCAAGUACGGAGCUGUGGAGAGCAG